GCCCAGGAUUACGCGUCCAUUGACCCACUCGAUGGACCUUUGCGCGUACUUCGUACUCGCUUCAGGCUUCAUGGGGCAUGUAGUACUAGCACCGAAGGUACUUACUCAUGCCAGUGGUCAUCUGCUUGCCGAAUUGAGACCGAAUGGCUCACUCUUUCUGUGAGCGUGUGCUAGGUUUUAUUUAUAAGGAUCGCUUCCAAGCCCUGCUAUCCACGCCCUAGUUCUUUCUCUGCUGACGUCGAUAUAUAGAAUAAUCAUACUCCAUUCCGUUUUAGUUUCUAAACAUGCCUCCCCCGACUCCUUCGAAGAUCUCUAAUGGUGCACAUAUUUUGGACCUACUCCUCGCCAUCCUCCCUAUCUGGGUCCAGGAUUACAUCCGUGGUGACCAGCAAUGCACAUAUGCGAACCGAAGGCGACCAGUCUUCAUUCACCGUCGAAGAGUUCCCUUCGACCAAAGUCUUGAUCAAAACGAGGGCCGAGAUAGGGGUAGUUCUAGCGACAACUCAAGGAGUUCGAGCAAUUCGGGCAAUUCGAACGCGUUUGGCUUUGGUAAUUCGAAUUCGGGUUCGAAUGGUUCAAAAGACCCUUCAACUUCGAAUGACAACACGACUGGUAGCCAAACAGAUAAUUCGUUCACCACCGGAAGCGACAUUUUCUGCCAGUUCUGUAUCGCGGACAACGACGCGAGGGUGCUUUACAACGGCCCCUGGUCUCUUGACGGUGCAGGACCGUCAAAUACGACUCACAGCACUUCUACAGCGGGAUCAACAGCUUCUCUAAGCUUCAAUGGAAGCGGAAUAAUCGUUUUCGGUGCCGUGCCAUCCAGUAGCACGUCUUCGAAUCCUCCCACAACAUCUUUCACUAUCGACGCCGCCGCCCCUUUCGUCACCACAGAGCCACAAAUCGCACAAGCCUACUUGAAUCAGCCAUUAUUUGUAGCAUCUGAGUUGUCACAGAAAGAGCACAAGAUAGUCAUCAAUGUGACGGACGCGGGGCCUGAUUCUCCUUUUAUCCUUGACUAUUUUCUCAUAUCUCCUCAUCCCAAUAGUACCUCAAAUACUGAGGCUACUAUCUCUUUCCCUGCGGCAUCAUCUUCGACUUCUCCUACGCCUUUUGCUUCCGCCAUUAAAUCAACAGCUUCCUCCGCCAAUAAUGUAUCUGAUGUAAAUGGCGUAUCACCCGCUAUUAUCAAAGUCCUCGCGGCCUUGCUGGGUGUCAUGUUUUUCGUUAUAAUCUUCCUCGUUGUUUUUCUCGUCAUCUACAUCAGAAGAUCCAAGAUUCAGCGCGGGCGCUCUAUCCCUCGGAGUUUCAAGAGUCGAACAAGUCACCAAGGAACGUUACUCACGACGACAGAAUCCAUCAUAAGGAACUUUACUCCCAGUUUGAUCUGGUCCUAUUCUCGGAGUGAGGCUGGAUCCGGAGUAACCCCUUCUACCGCGCUUCCACCAAGGCACUCUGCAAAGUCGCUGCAGUCGGAGGCUCGGUCGGUGUGGUCGGCUGCUACUUAAACUUCUUAAAUGGACGGUUACUCAGACUCUAUAUCCUGUUGUAUUCAGUCCGAAUUAUAUAUAUAAUACUCCAUACGCUAGAUCUACAAGUGGAGGACGAAUGCCAAAAAGGAAAACCAGUGCUGAUGCAUGAUGAGGGAGAGCAUAGUAUCAAAGCAAAUACGAAUAAAAAUUUAAGGGUUCCACAUCUUGCUUUGCACCCUCUUGUAAAGGUCGUCGUCAUCCAGUUCCCGAAGCUCCGGCGAGCGGUCGACACCCUAAAAAUAGAUAUCAGAUUGAUGUGCAUCAGCAAAAAAAAGAUUUAAGCACGGA